AUGAUAAAUCAGACAUUCAAUUCUGAAUUCAUUCUGCUUGGAUUUGGAAACUAUCAGACACUACAUAUUCCUCUGUACUUGCUCUUCUUCCUCAUCUACAUGGGCACCAUAGCUGCAAACCUAUUUCUUAUUCUACUCAUUGCUCUCGAUCAACACUUCCACAUUCCCAUGUAUUUUUUCCUUGGGAACCUUUCAUGCCUGGAAGCCUGUAGCAGUUCAAACAUCUUACCACGAAUGUUAUUUAACUUAGUUACUGGAAGUAAGCUGAUUUCUUACACCACUUGCUUUGUGCAACAUUAUUUGUUUGGUUCUUUUGUAUCCGUGGAAUGUUAUCUGUUGUCUGCAAUGUCCUAUGAUCGGUAUUUAGCUAUAUGCAAACCGCUACAUUACGUCACCAUGAUGAAUGGCAGAACUUGUGUUAGACUGAUAGCUUGUUCUUGGAUUAGUGGUUUUUUAGCAAACACUAUUACACUGAUUAUCAUGUCCAAAUUAGUUUUCUGUAAUAAUAGAAUUGAUCAUUUCUUUUGUGACACCUUCCCAAUUAUAGAAUUAUUUUGUGGUAAUACAUAUGCUUUAAAAGUUUUUCUUUAUGUUUUAAGCUCAAUAUUUACUUUUCCACCAUCUAUAUUAACUCUAACAUCUUACACAUUUAUCAUUGUAGCUAUAAUGAGAAUGCCUUCCACGAUAGGAAAACAAAAGGCAUUUUCCACCUGUUCUUCUCAUCUCUUAGUAGUGACUAUUUUUUAUGGGACUCUAAUGAGUGUCUAUGUAGUACCCAACACUAACAAACUGUAUGGGCUUCAUAAAGUAUUCUCUGCAAUCUACACCAUAAUAACCCCCAUACUUAAUCCUAUUAUAUAUAGUUUAAGAAAUAGAGAAGUGAAGGUUUCUUUGAGAAGACUGUGUUAUAUUUUGUUCAAGUUUAGAAAAACAUAA